GACAAAUGUAACGAGUUUAUUGGUCAGCCUGUCAUUUACGAAUUAAUCGAAUUGAUUCGGGAAAAUCUCACUGAGAGCAAUUUACCAACUUGUCAUUGUGCCGUGUGUUUGUACGGAUUUUCCGAAGGUGAUAGUUUUACAAAAACGCAAUGUUUCCACUACUUCCAUUCCUACUGUCUUGCAAUGCAUUUAAUCACAACCGAAAAACACUUUAUUGAAGAACAAGAAAAAUUACCAACUUGGCAAAAAAGCACAACAGGUUUUCAAGCCUCGUGUCCUGUUUGUCGCGAACCAAUCAACUGUGAUGUCCAAGAACUGAAGAACGCUCUUCCACCGAGAGAACUCGAAAAAGCUCAAAAUUUUCAAGUCACCAAAGAAUUACAAAUGUUGCAAGCACAAAUGAGACAAUUAUUUAUCUACCAAAAGAGUCGAGGUGGAAUUAUCGAUGUGGAAGCCGAAGAAAAUAAACUACUUCUCAUUACGGAAUCGAGCGAAAACUCACCGGGAGAC